AUGAAGCACAUUUGGAGUUUUUCUCUUUUUAUAUUUUUCCUCAAUUUUUAUAUGCUCCAGCAUAGUGUUGUAAGGAAUGAAAUAAACAAUGUGGAAAAACCUAACCUUAGGAUCGAGCAUCCAUCUCAUGGCAAAAAUAAUGCUGAUAUGAACAACGGCGAUGGUGACAAUAACGGUGGUGACAACAACUCAGGGAAUAACCCAAACGAGCAAAAUGGAAAUAAUGAAGAAACAGGAAAAACGAAUGAGGAUGAAGCAGAUCUGCCCAUGGAAGCACAAAAGGAAAACGAAAAAAAGCAGAUAGAAGAAAUAAUUGAAAAGGCAGAGUUAUUCGCAGAAGAGGCAAAAAUGUUAGCGGACUUGGCAUCCGAAGCGUCUCAAAAGGUUAUAACAUUUUUGGGCAACAUGUCAGAGGGGAAAAUAGCGUCAGAGUCGAAAAUGGAUGCCAUUCUGACAUCGAAAGACGCAGAAAGAGUAAAGGACGAUGCUAUGGAGGCUGCUAAGAGAGCUAAAGCGGCCAAAACUGUAACAGAGGCAAACAAAGCAAUGGCUCAAGCGAAAUAUGCGAAAAAUAUAGCAGAACUGGCGGCAAAAUUCGUAAAAAAAUGUGCAAUAGAAGCUCUGAAGGCUGGCGGGAAGAAUUCUGAAGCUUCCGAGGUGGCCAAAAUGGAAAUCCCAAUUCCGGUACAGUCCAAGCCGAAGAAGGAGUUGAAAGAACAGGACAAAAAGAAACAACCACCAGCUGUACCACGAAAACCUGAAGCAACGCCUCCCGCAAAAGAAGCGAUUCCAGCGGGGAAUGCAACAAAGACAAACGCAGCUCCGGCCGCCGUUCAACCCGCACCGAAAAGCAAGUCACAUUCGCUCAACGAAGAAAAAAGCUUAAAGGAAGGAUCCGCAGAGGCAGAGAAGGACCAAGAACAAGGACAGCAAGCUAAGUUUGAAUGUCUUCAACAGAAAGAGAUGAAUGUAUUUUACAAUGUGGUGCAAUUUUUUAUAUGUAAAAUUAAGGCGCUUAUCAAAUUUUAG